AUACAAUGGAAUGGACGCCUUUCAUUAUAGGUUUAUUUAUAUCCGGAUUAUAACACAAUUAGACGUGGGUGAAUCAAACUCGGGAUCUGGUGCGAUUCCGAUCUUAAUUCGAUUCAUUGCUUCGACUUCGAACUCAGUGAAAGUCCUGCGAUGCUCCUUUUUUGGUGUCUUAGAAUACUAUUGGCAGGUUGAAAUUUGAUUUUGUGCGUUGUGAAAUGUGAUUUCUUUAACUUAGGGACUUUGAUUGGACUUUAGCAUUUUACAUAUUUCGCAUUAUCAUGUCGAAUCAAACGUAAUGAUGUGCAUCUGGAUUGAGAAUGUUACUCGUGGGUAAACCUGUAGCCGACAUUCAUGACAUUGCUCGCUUUCUAGUAGUAGUAUCACGUUAUUAAUAUUGGUUUAAUUAAUAGUCUUAUUCAGUGAUUGUGAAUUAUACACGGAGACAAUGAUCAUGGGUAAUAAUCCAAACUGCAUGGCUCACUCGCUGUAAUUAUAUCGCGCUACCCUGUCUCAUUGUUAUUUCACACCAUGGUGCACUUCAAUCCGGCAUCAGUCGAUAUUAUAUUGUGUAAAAAAGUGAGAGGGCCGCCCUGUCCUGGGAAAGAGAAACACGCAUUAUAGACUGUUUAUAGAAUAGAGGCUAACAAUGGGCAUGAUGGGUGCAGUUUAAUUCUAUUGAAAAGUGAAGCUCCAUCUUUCAUACACAAAAGACGAAUUACUCGUGUGUCGGCAUUUCACUCUCACCGAUCAGAGCUUACAUCUUACUUCACUGAGAACUUUAAUGUUUGAGUUUUGUUGAACCUGACUUUCCUCCGGUGGAGAAAUGCCUUUGAACUAUGUUACUGCUGUAUGUCUUCAUUGUCUUGGAAUUCAAUAGAAAAAGUUCUUUUUAUCACUGUUUAUUGGAUAUUGAGCUUGAGAAAGGGGACAUACAAGGAAUCUAGAUGGACAGUAGCAUAACGGAAACAAGGAAAUAUCAUGAUAUUUAUAUGCAGUGUUUAUAGUUUGGAUAAGGAGUGGUGAUGUCAACCGUGUUUGAGACUUAGUGUAUCCUAUUUCUGAUGUAUAUCGGCCUACUUCGGAACAACAGACUUUUCAAACCUUGUAAAUUGGUACGAGGAAAGAAUAUUCAACAACGUUUACUUCCUUCGCCUUGAAGACAUUUCGAUGUGUUAUUUGAUUAGAAUUUAAUAGGGGAUAACUCAACUAGUGUAUGCAUUCUUGCAGAGAAAUGAAUUUUAGCAGAUAACGGUUUGCAACUCUUCCUUAUUUCUCUGUCCUGAUGGUUGUUCUAAAACAUUUAAGACUGGCGCCGCAGAAGAGGCGCCAAAACUAGGGGGGAAACAUAAGCUGCGGCCACAAUGGGAGAUCUGGAUAUCAAGACACAGUUUCGAAGAAUCUCACGGAAAUCAAAAUCAGGGUUUGAAGUUGGAGAUCUCAAGGAGUUGAUUCGGCUUCGAAAACAAUCCAGGGUGAAGACUUUGGUGAUGGGCAAUGUCAAAGACGAGCCUCUCCUGGUCAAAGGUCGCCGUGAUCUUGCCAUCGGCAUCCACGAACUCGGAAGACAGCUAGAAUGGUUGAGGACUAGCAAAAGGGCGCGAAACCAAGCUCGUAAACUCUACCGAUUUCGCUUAUUUUGUUCUAAACUUGACACUGCGGAAAGCUUCUGCGUCAGAUCAACAGCGCUUCUUGUGCUACUCUUUGCAAUCGUCUAUGUCAUCAGGGCUGUAUCAAUCUUCCUCCUUCCUGAACUGUUUCUCGAAUGUUCUGCCACCCAUCCGAGCGUGUACUCAUCGAAUUUCAGUGUAUGGCCUUCGAACAGUGCCGAUGAGUCGAUAUCUGGAUUCAAUCUUCGAUGGAUGCUCUUUCGGGGUCGCCAUCCCUGUGUGCCUAUCUACAUGGAAUGUUUUACAUUACACGAUACUAUAUCAUUACCUUACCAGGGACAGUACUGAUGUUGAUCCUAGAUGUACUUAUGCUGAAACUUGUUUAUUUGUAUCGCAGUACUUAUGUUUGUCAACCCAUUCGUUUGAAUAUUUAUUAAUGGACACUUGAUGCAUACCCCGAAGGACAGCGACACAGAUCUAUCAUCUCAAGUCUGAUGGACAUUAAACUUAAUUGAUAAUCAUGUGUGCUAUAUCAGUUGUCGAUCAUAAUCACUGGCGUGCUACUGGUGAUGGUGGUGGUCGGGGAGGGGGGUGCUGCCCAUAUACUUUUCCUACGAAAAGUGGCAUUUGUCAAAUGUUUCAAUAAUAAUUAUCUUAAACAUCAUACUUUUAGUCGAUAUUCGUCUUUGAUAUCAGACCGAUUUGAUUUUUACAUGCUUAAUUCAUUACAACCUGCUCAUUAUUAAAGAAAAUCUUCACUCUCUCCACAAUGCGAGAUCCAGAAUGAGCACUCCUCAAAUUGUUUGCGCCAUUACAUCACUAAACAGAACGUGUGAUUCAGAAUUUUGUUAUAGUGGUAUCUUGCUUCAGUUGAAAAAUCCAUGAUGAAUGUAAUGUUCUGUGAUAUGAACCUUUUCGUAGUCUUGACGUAUAUUCCAAUAUAGAAUAUUUUUAAGAUAAUCAAAGUCUGUUGCCAUUGACAACCAUGCCUCACAGUGCAAUUAUAUUUUUUCAGUUCGUGAAUUUUUCACCUUUUUACUUUUUUUAAUGCACAGAUCAAUGUAAGGAAGUGGAUCUGAAAUGAAUAUGACUGGUGUGUUGGCUCAGUUGGAAGAGCGUCCGUCUCACAACCGGGAGGUCGGGGGUUCAAACCCCGGCCGCGUGAGACCAAAAGACGUUAAAAGAUGGGAGUUGCUGCUACCCUGUUUGGCGUUCAAUAAUUAAAGGGAUAUAGCCUCGUCGAUCUGGCGCUGCACAGCGGCUGCCGGGCCCACGAUCAAUUGGGCAAAACAAAUUUUCGGAGUAUUUCAUUUCUGGUGUCUAUUUCAAACAAUAAAAUAUGGAUUUUAAGAUAUCACUUCAUUUUACAAAAUACAGAAUUCGGAAAGUCAACCUUUCAAAGAUAUUUCUUUUGCUACAAAGAACAGAAUUUCUUAACAUCUCAACUUGUCUUGAGAGUAUAAUGUGUUAUUAUGUUGUGUUUUUUUCUCAGGCAUUUAAAACCCCUUGCUAAACAAAUGCAGUUUCAAGAUAUGUCAGUAAAAACAGAAGAAAACAAGGUCAUUACUUGGCUCUAUGUUCAUUCAAGGAGUGAGAAAAUGUAAUUUACGACGAGAAUGAUAAAUCGUAUUUGUAUAGAGCAUAUUGCUAUGUCAGGCUGUACGUUUAUGUCUUAAAUUGCGUUAGCGAGCAAUUCUCGCGGUAGUUAUUGUUAACUAAUUAUUGAGGUAAAGGUACACAAUAUGUUUUUCUCCUUUGUAACAAUUAAUUCAAUUUGAGGAUCAUUAUAGAAGGUAAAUCGAAACUGUUGAAAAUUAUAUUUAAAAAAAAAUCACCAUCAUUAACGCGAUACUCGAUCCAAGUACUGGAUUAAUGAACACCCCCUCCCUCUCUCUCUCCUUCUCUCUCUCUCUCUCUCUCCCUCUCUCCCUCACUUGCUUUGUUUUCUCUUUUUUUUUCUUUCUCAUGUCUCUCCUUCAUCCCAUUUGAUAUCAAUUUUGUUUUAUUUUUAAACCCACUUCAAAUCGCAUAUUUUCCAGUAUAAAUCCAAUUAACUGUAUUCAUUUUCAUCUUCACAUGAAUCAAUUCUGCCUUCUUCAUUUAUUUUGUCGGCAAACUUUGCAAAAGUUUUUUAGCAUGUUCAGAUUGAAAUGAAAUACUACAAAUACUUAACUUUUCUCAGGAUUCCCUGAAAUUUGAGCAUAAUACAAGUUUUGAAAGUAACAAAGCUGAAUCCGAACUUAUCGAAUGUAAAACAAGAAUAUUUAUAUUUGUUUGAAUCAUUGGUCGUCAUGGCUUCAGUGCUUCCAUGAUAACACAUCCUACAUGUCCUAUUCAUGGUAGCAGAAUGAAAAAGGUACAAUUUAAUUAUUAUCUAUGGGAAAACUCUAUAAUUACUAACUCUUGCUUUUUGUUGGUUUAUUCUUGUUGUUUUAUCCUUGAAAUGUUGAAUUCAUGGGCACAAGAACUGAAUCAUUGUCUUUCAAAUUACAGUACAUAUGAAUUUUACAUCUCCAAGUCAAUAUUGACAUUUGAAUAUUAUCUUACUUUGAAAAUAUGAACGGUAUUAUUAUGAUUGAAAUCAUCACACAGAAAUGUAUUAUUAAAAUACGCUUUGCACAGUA